AAUAUAUUGAAAACCCUAUUAUUUUCCUUCUUUCACAUAUCAGCGCUGCACCUCACUAGAGAGAUUGUGCACCUCCAUAGCCGGACCGGAAGGCCGCACAUCCAUUGCCGGAAGCCUGCAACGCCCUGCACCUCCAUUGCUCGAAGCUUGUGAAAAAGAAAGUGGUGCUUCUUUUUGUUGCAUCGUGCGUCGCGGCAGAGAGAGCUUGAACCAGAAGAAGAGGAAGAAGGUGUUGCGGCAGACACUAGAAAACGAUGAAUUCUUCGGAGAAAGAAAAAGAGGACGCUGAAAUUGACGCAGAAGAAAUUACAUCCAACGGCGAAAACGCGAAAGUAAAGAAAACAAAGAAGAAGAAGAAGAAAGUGGCGUCGAAGGACGCGGAGAAGCGCGGCGUGUGCUAUUUGAGCCGAAUCCCUCCUCACAUGGACCAUGUAAAGCUUCGCCACAUUCUCUCUCAGUUCGGUGAUAUCCAACGAAUUUUUCUCUCUCCUCAAGGUUCUGCUACCCAAGUGCCUUCUAAGCGGUCCCGUGGAUCCCGAGACCAAGAAUAUUCAGAAGGAUGGGUUGAAUUCGGUGAUAAAAGGGUUGCUAAGAGGGUUGCCAAUAUGUUAAAUGGUGAACAAAUAGGGGGGAGAAAGAGGUCAUCAUUCUACUAUGACCUUUGGAAUAUUAAGUACUUAAGUAAAUUCAAGUGGGAUGAUCUGACUGAAGAACUAGCCUUUAAGAAAGCUAUUCGGGAGCAAAAGCUGGCUGUAGAACUUUCUGCUGCCAAGAGAGAGAGGGAUUUCUAUCUAUCAAGAGUUGAUCAGUCACGGGCUUUGAAUGCUAUAGAGGAGCGGCUAAAGAAGUAAGGUGUAUCUAUUGUAUCUCCAUCCAAUCAGAACAAUGCAAUGUAGCCGAUACUCAUUUUUGGCUACUGUUUUUGGACCGUCAGAGGCAGACUAUUUUCUGAUUGAGGAUUUGAAGUCUGGCCUAUAUUUGGACCUAAUCUAACAAUGAGAGUUGCAGAUAAGUUAAAUAAAUCUGAUUUUGAGAACAGUAAAUUAAAUCAUCGGUAGCUUUGGAAUCUACUGUAAUUUUUUAAAUGUUGAUUUGUGUUAGGAACAGCGACUCAAACUGAUAAAGGGCCACCACUGUCACCACCACCAAGCCUAACUAAUAAUUUGUGUUUUUGCUUUUGUAAAAGGUAGAAGGGGUAGAAAGGGGAAUUUGGCUGGUAGUUAGUUUGCGGAGUGUGAUGUGUGUAUUUCUGUUGUAAGGAAUUAUGUACUGAUGAGAAGGCAUCUUUUUGGAGGAUCAUAAUUGGAAAAUUAGAGCAGGGAGUUUAUCUUGCUUGGGGGAUCCUUGACUCCCAUCCGCUCCCAUCUUUUGUUUCCUUUAUUUCCUGAUGUUUGUCAUCUUUUUGCAACUACCUCUGAUAUAGGCUGUUUCAGUUUGACUUGCAAUAUAAAUAGUAUACUUCUACGUUUCAAGGAACAAUUACUGAGUUUUAAUAAUUUGAGUUUUACUCCUUGUUGGUUAGACUAAAACGUGGAAAAUUCCUACCCCCUGGUGGUAUUUGAUACAGCUACCACGAAUUUCUGAUCCACUUUUGUUGUGGUCCAUUGCAUGUGCUUAGAUGUACAACUUGUUCCUAUAAGAAUUACCGAAGCUCCUUAAAAUUAGACUCACAUGAUUAGUAGCUGUGAUUGCCUUCUCUGAUUGCAGACCAUUUUUUUUUUGGGAUUAUCUAUGUAGAUAUACUUCUUACUUAAAGUCACAAAGAUUCUUUAACUAUCAUUUUUUCUUGUACUUGUUGUUGACAGUUAUAUGGUUUUCUUUUGUUUUGAUUUUUAACUCUGCCUUAAAUAAUUUGCUUCACAACUUUGCCAAUCAGAAAGUUAGUUCAAAGACACCUUCAGCUUUGUCUUUUCAUAUGUACUUUUUUUUUUUCAAAUUUCAAUGAAUAAUGUGUAUAUUGAACAAUC